UAUAGAGAUCAUUGUAGAUGGCGCUGUUAACAUUUCUUGCUGUCAGUAAAUAAAAUAACCUAUAAAUUCACAAAACAAAGUGCUAAAUUUAAUACGAGUUUUAUGUGAAGAAUGUAAAAAUGUCAUCGGAGGUGAUAAAAGAAUUAGAAAAUGCUGCAGCGGUGGUAAAUGCUCCACCGCAUUUAGUAACUGCAGAACAACGUCGAAUUGCGGAAAAUGUAUUCAUGGAUUUCCGCCAAUCAAAAUCGCCCUAUGUAAUAUGUCGAGAGAUUUUAGAAAAUUCAAAAAUUCCUUUUGUUCUCUUUGAAGCUAGCGAGGUUUUAAAACGGGCUUUAAUUCGCGAAUGGUCAUUUUUACAAGAAUCGGACAUAAUCUCAUUGAGACAAUACUUAAUGCAAUACAUUAUAAGUAGGGAUUUACCAGCUUUCGUUCAAGAUAGACUCUUACAAGUUGUUUGUAUAAUGGUUAAACGAGCUAGCGUGGAUGAUUUUGGUCAAGAGCGUGGCGUUAUCCUUUCAGAGGUCGAAAGUUUAAUCGUAUCUGCUGAUCCUUCGAAACGUAUUUUAGGUUGCAAAUUGAUUUUGAAUUUAAUGCAAGAAUACGCGAUAACCGUAAAGUCUUCCGACGUCGGUUUAUCUUGGGAAAUUCAUUUUAAAGUUAAAAAACAAUUUGAAGCAACCGAUUUAAAACGUAUUUUUAAAUUUUCAAUUCAUAUUUUAUCUGAAAUUAUUCAAUCGGAUAACUUAAAUGAUCCACAAAUUGUUAUUUUAACAAAGUAUUUGUUAAGUAUUGUUGAAAAAAUUCUUUGUUGGGGUUUUCGAUCAAGUCCUCUUCCAAAAAAGAUAAUUGGAGUUUAUGAAACUUUAUUUGAAUUGGAUGAAGCUCCAUGUUUACGAUUGGGAUAUGAGUGGAAAGAGAUUAUGUUGGCACCUCAACUUUUACCAAUUAUUUUUCAAUUAUAUUGGAAAGUUAGGGAUAAUGAAGAGUUGGCGCACCCCGCUUUAACCUCUUUGGUACAGUUAGCUUCUUUAAACGGAGGAAUUUUUAAAUCUGAAGAAGAUAAAAAUAAAUAUUUGUUAGGUUAUAUGGAAAAUUUUUUGAAAUUAAUCAGUAGUACAAGUGUUAAAAACGAAGAAGCUUUGGGUUUAGCAAAUUUAAUUAAAAAAUUGGAAGUUUUUUUUGGAAAAGAUAUUGUUCAACUUCCAAGAGCAAUACAUGAAUCAUAUUUGGAUGAUUUAACAAGAUUAACUUGCACCUUUUCAGAACGAAUGUCAAUGAAUACAUCAGAAUUAGAUAAAUAUUACUCAGAGUCUUUUGAUAAUAUGUUGGAAGCUUGGACUGAAAUAAUUAAAGAUUUUUCCGAUGAAGGUUCAGAUUUACUUGUUGUUUGCGCCCGGAGAAUAUUCGAUACUUAUUUGCAAUGCCAUCUAGCGCCUAACGAUGGAUUUAGAAACCGAAGUGAUAACGAAAACGUUGAAGAAAUCGAAGAUAACGAGGAUAAUGACCGAAUCAAAUUCAAAGAUCAAUUACAAAGCGUUGGAAUGUUGGGGAGACUCGUUUUAGAUCAUUCACUUCCACUUUUAUAUCAAUUAUUAGAAUCUAGAAUAACAAAAUUAGGAUUACAUCUACAAACGAUGCAAUCUCGCCCAAUGACAAUAAAUGAAUCAACAAAUUUAGAUGAUUUAUUCGAAGAUAUCCAUUGGAUUAUUUUAAUAUCGGGACAUGUUUUAUGUAUGGAAUCGGAAGGUGAAACCCCAUUAAUCCCCUCCGAAUUAAAUAAAUUCUCAAUAACCGAAAAUGAACGGGGAAUCACCACCGUUGAAGAUACCUUAAAAACGAUGGCUUCAAUCCAUCAAAAUUUCACAAACGAAGACUUUAUUGUACGAUGUGACAAAACAAUACGGAUUUUUUGUAACGUUUUGAGAUUGUGUCAUAUGGAAACGACGGCGGCUGAAGUAAAAUUGGGGCAUUUUAUGAGCCCGGAAGUUGGGUGUACUUUGAUGUGGUUUUUAAAACGGUUUUGCGUUCACUAUUUGAUGCCGGUCGAGGGAUUUUACGACCAGAUUAGUUCGGUAAUUGUUGGGGCUUUGGGACGAGAUACGGAAGGUUCUGCUUUCGUCCUAAAUUUGGUUCUAACAAAAAUUAGGGCUAACAUAACCCAUUUCAAUUCCGAGCCGAUUUUGUUGCAGGAUACUGUUGAUUUAUUUACGGAAAUCGUUGGUGUUCGAUUAAAAACAACUGUAGUUGUUAAAAGUGAAGGUUUAUGGAAUUUAUGGGCUGAACAAUCUCGUUUAGAUCCAGGUUCUUUACCAGUAAACAUCAGAAGAAAUCUUUUACGUGCGUUUGUAUUAGCUGGUUGUUCGUUUACGGAUAAAAAUCAUUCGUUGGAGUAUUAUCAGAGGAUUUUAUCGCCGAUUCAGCACAGUUUUAAAAUGUUGGUUACUCAAGAACGUUUUAACGUGACAUAUCAAGAGGAGAAUGUUCGCGCGGAACUUCUUGACAUUUUAGAAUGUUUUAUUGGAACUUGUCGAGCCGCUCAGAUGUCAACAUCGAAAAUUCUUUUUGAUUUUUUGUCACCGAUUUUAAAUGAAUUACCUAAAAUUGUAACUUUAUAUAAAAAUUACCAGAUCAUUGUUCAAGCAGUUUUAGAACUUUUUGGGUACACUGGUAAGUUUAUGUUGGUUUAUUUGGAAUACGAGGAAAGCAAAUUAUUUUAUGAGAACGCUUUAAGUGUUGUUCAAGCUUACUCUAACGUAAACUUAAAUAAACUAACAACGCAAAGUCAGAGUUUACAAGAAGAAGGAACUCUGCAAGAUUUAGAUUUAAUUUUAAAAUUACUAACUUAUGUAGUUUCAAAAGACUGUCUUUGUUGUUAUGAGAUAAAUCCAACUGAUGGAACGUAUGUUUCCGCUGUAGAUGUAGUUUUGUAUGGUUUAAGUUUCAUAACUCCAUUAAUAACAAUCGAUUUACUCAAACAUCCAACGUUAUGCGUUCAAUAUUAUAAAUUAAUUGUUUUUACAAAUGACAUUUAUCCCGAAAAAAUUUGUUCUACCUCCGAAGAUUUUUUCGAUAAACUCCUUUUAUCUAUCGAAUUAGGUUUAACACAAUUCGGUUCGGACGUCGUUCAUUCGUGUUUCGAUUUCUUAGAAUCCCUCACAGUUUAUUUAAUUCGUACAAAACCUCAAGUGCCUCAAAUUGUUUAUGGAAAAGUGUCACGUUUCUUAAAAAUUUUAUUUGACUUAGCUUUAACACAACAAUUCAAUUCGGACGUUAUUCCGAGCGCUAGCACGUGCAUUUAUUCGUUUAUUUGUUGCUAUGAGGGCGAGUACAAGGUAUUCGUUAAAAAUCUAAUCGAUUCAUGUCUUGAUACGUUAGUUGCCGAACGUUUAGCGGUUGCGUUUAUGAAAUUAACGGAAAAUCUUCCUUUAAACGGUGAACGAGCGCCGAAAUUAAAAUUCAGGGAUAAUUUCGAUAAAUUUAUAACGAAUGUUCAAGGUUUUCUUCUUGUUAAAUAGCAUAAAAAUAUUGGGGAAUGUGUUUCUUCCUUAGAUUUUAUGUGUUAUGAUAAUGAUUUUUUCUAUAUUUUCAUUUAUCAUUAUUUGUAUUUAAUUGAAGUUAUUAUU